CCCCCCACCACCGUUAACAUGGGCAAACCAACUCCUGAGUGAUCGUUGAUGUGACCAAUGGCUGAUGGAAUCCCUACUUCCUAGCUUGGCUCGUGGGCGAAUCGGAAUGUUCGGUGGGCAGAACUACAUACAGUCAGUCUGGCUCUCAGGUUUGGUUGAAAUGGUAAGCUUUGGAUGGGAUUUAGAGUUUUAUUUGACACAUUUAUGUAAUUAUUACAUUGUAUACUAUUACAUUAAGUCAAUUAAGUUUAAUGAAGCUGUUCAGAUUUGACUGCAGAUUGGACUGAGACAGUUGAUAAUGUGUUGAAAAGACAUCUGGAUGGACACAGCACUACCCUACCACACCUUUCUUCUUCAAACAAGAAGCUUUUACUUUGUAACUGGAUACAAUUAUAAAGAAGAAACGGACCUUCAUUUGGAAUACUAACAACAUUUUCAUUAUGCCAACUUGAAUGGCAUGGCUUUUGAGGAAACCUAACCCUGAUUGUUUUGAAAGAGUUCACAAGAGUGGUCGAGUUAACUUUUGAAGAAUCUUCUGAAGUCUUUACGGGAACAAAAUCACAAAAUGGAUCAAGCAAGCGGCGGAGAGGAUCCUAAUAAAGCCAAUAAAAAGAAAGAAAAAGAGGAUGAGAGUAAAAACAAAAAACUGAACGUACACAUAAGAACAUUGGCUGACGACAUGCGUGACCGGAUCACCAGUUUUCGGAAGACUGGGAAUAAAAAGGACAAGCCCCUGAUACAGCACUCCACAGACCCUCUGUCCACUCAGGUAGAGAUGCCCAUGCCCCAGCCCCUCUUCGACGACCGCUCCAUGAACCUCUCCGAGAAGGAGAUCAACGACCUCUUUGAGAAGAUGAUGGAGGACAUGAACCUGAAUGAGGAGCGUAAAGCCCCCCUGCGUGGGAAGGACCUGAGCACCAAGAGAGAGAUGGUUGUACAGUACAUCUCUGCCACCGCCAAAUCUAUCACCGGGAGCAAAGUCACGGGAGGACUGAGGAACAGCAAGCAUGAGUGUACACUGUCAUCACAAGAGUAUAUCCACGAGCUGCGCUCUGGCAUCAGUGAGGACAAGCUGCUCAUCUGCCUGGAGUCCCUUCGUGUCUCUCUCACCAGUAACCCUGUCAGCUGGGUGAACAACUUUGGCCAUGAAGGACUGGGCCUCCUCUUGGAUGCAUUGGAUAAGUUGCUGGAUAAGAAACAGCCAGAAAGUAUAGACAAAAGGAACCAGCACAAGCUGAUCCAGUGUCUCAAGGCCUUCAUGAACAAUAAGUAUGGACUGCAAAGGAUUCUGGGAGAUGAGCGAAGCUUGCAUCUCCUGGCCAGGGCCAUUGACCCAAAACAGACCAGUAUGAUGACAGAGAUCGUCAAGAUCCUCUCAGCUAUCUGCAUCAUUGGAGAGGAAAACAUCCUGGAUAAGAUCCUGGCUGCCAUGACGAUUGCAGCGGAGAGGAAUAACAAGGAGAGAUUUGCUCCGAUAGUGGAGGGACUGGAGAAUCACGAGGCCCAACAGCUCCAGGUGGCCUGCAUGCAGCUGAUCAACGCUCUGGUCACCUCUCCGGACGAUCUGGACUUCAGGAUACAUCUGCGCAACGAGUUCCUCCGCUGUGGCCUCAAGAAGAUCCUACCGGAGCUGAAAGAGACAGAGGAGCUGGACAUCCAACUGAAGGUGUUCAAUGAGAACAAGGAGGAGGACUCCAUUGAGCUCUCCCAUCGCCUCGAUGACAUCCGCGCCGAGAUGGAUGAUAUGGGUGAGGUGUACCAUCUCCUGUCCAACAUGGUGAAAGACACCGGGUCGGAGACCUACUUCCUGUCCAUCCUACAGCACCUGCUGCUCAUCAGGAACGACUACUACAUCAGGCCCCAGUACUACAAGGUGAUAGAGGAAUGUGUGUCUCAGGUGGUUCUCCAUCGCAGCGGGAUGGACCCAGACUUCGGGUACAGAGAGAGACUGGAUGUAGACUUCACCCACCUCAUUGAUCAGUGCGUGGAUAAAGCCAAAGUGGAUGAGAGCGAACUGAAGGCUGCUGAGUUCUCCAAAAAGUUCGAUGAAGAGUUCAGCGCCCGGCAGGAGGCCCAGGCCGAGUCCCAGAAGAAAGAGGAGAAAAUCAAAGAACUGGAAGGGCAGAUCUGCAAUCUGAAGACCCAGUUAGCUAGCGAGGCAAACAAGCUCAAAGAGGCUCAGAAAGUCAUCAGUGAAGCUGAGUGCCAGGUGCAGAUUGCAGCCGGACCAGCAGCGGCCGGGACAGGAGUCCCACCUCCAGCCCUACCGGGGGGAUUGGCACCCCCUCCUCCGCCGCCUCCUGGCAUGGCCAGCAUGCCCCCUCCGCCUCCACCCCCGCCACCUCCAGGCGUAGGGCCACCCCCACCACCCCCUCCCCCCGGUUGUGGUCCCCCACCUCCCCCACCCUUCCCCGGGGCUCCAGGUAUCCCUCCGCCUCCUAUGAUGGCCAUUCCUGUCAUCAAGCUGCCUUAUGGACUGGAGGCCAAGAAGACCUACAAGCCUGAGGUCGUCAUGAAGAGGGUCAACUGGUCCAAGAUAGUGCCUCAGGAAAUGGCGGAGAAUUGCUUCUGGAUCAAAGUCAAAGAGGAGAAGUUUGAGAAUCAAGAAUUCUUUGAACAGCUCUCCCUCAGCUUUUCCUCCAGGACCAAAGUGAAAAAGGAGGUGGAUGAGACAGACGCCAGGGUGACGCAAUUCAAGAAAAAGGCGAAGGAGUUGCGAAUCUUGGACGCAAAAACGGCACAGAAUUUGUCAAUUUUCCUGGGCUCAUUCCGGCUGCCUUAUGAAGAGAUCCGGGACAUUGUGCUGGAGGUGGACGAGGAGAGGCUGAGCGAAUCACUGAUCCAGAACCUGAUAAAGAACCUACCAGAGCAGAAGGAGCUGAGCGCUCUGGCAGAACUGAAGAAUGAGUAUGAGGACCUAUGUGAGCCUGAACAGUUUGGCAUUGUGAUGAGCUCUGUGAAGCUGCUGCGCUCACGCCUCAACGGAAUCCUUUUCAAGCUGACCUUCGAGGAGCAGGUGAACAACAUCCGUCCGGACAUCAUGAAUGUGACGUUCGCCUGCGAGGAGGUGAAGAAGAGUGACAGCUUCAGCAAGCUGCUGGAGAUGGUGUUGCUGGUGGGCAACUACAUGAACGCUGGCUCCCGGAAUGCCCAGACCUUUGGCUUCAACAUCAGCUUCCUCUGCAAGCUUCGAGACACUAAGUCGGCCGACCAAAACACAACGCUGCUCCACUUCCUGGCUGAGAAGUGUGAAGAGAAGUACCCUGAGAUCCUGAGGUUCCCUGAAGAGCUGCAGCAUGUGGAGAGUGCUAGCAAAGUUUCUGCCGAGAUCCUGAAGAGCAGUCUCAGCACCAUGGAGCGACACAUCCAGAGGCUAGAAAAUGACAUUGAGAACUUCCCCAAGACAGACGACGAAAAGGAUAAGUUUGUGGAAAAAUUGUCCGGCUUCUCAAAACAUUCACGGGAGCAAUAUGAGAAGCUGUCCACCAUGCACAAGAACAUGCAGAAGUUAUACGAGAGCCUGGGCAGCUACUACGCCUUCGACCCCCACGUCCUCUGUGUCGAGGACUUCUUCGGUGACCUGGCCUCCUUCCGUACCCUCUUCGUGGAAGCAGUGAAGGACAACCACAAGAAGAGGGAGAUGGAGGAGAAGAUCAAGAGAGCCCGACUGGCCAAGGAGAAAGCGGAGCGCGAGAAGCAGGAGCGCCAGCAGAAGAAGAAGCAGCUGAUUGACAUGAACAAAGAGGGAGGAGAGAAUGAAACAGGUGUGAUGGACAGUCUAAUGGAAGCCUUGCAGUCCGGAGCCGCCUUCCGCGACCGCCGAAAACGAACCCCGCGCAACGGUGAUCAAAGUCCAUGCAGUCCUGUCUCUCGGUGGCCGGGUGCUAACCAUGACACCCGCCGCGCGGUCCUGGAAAGGUCUCGGUCGCGCCACAAUGGAAACCCCCAGGCUCGAUGAUGGCCCGCGCCUACCAGAAGACGUUAGAUAAGUGCCAAAGAGGCCUGCGAGGAGAAUCUGAGGACGUCUAGUAGGAGGGAUGGACCUCAGCUGCGUGGCACACACACACACACACACACACACACACACACACACUGCCAGGUCUUGAAGAAAACAAAAGGCCCCUAAAGAACCUAAGAGUAACUGAGAAAACAAGAACAGGACAUCAUCACACAGGAUAUUCAAUAGUCAUACUGUUGGUCUGACUGCCUUACAUAUUUAUUAUCUACUUUGUCAUGGCUUUGCCUGUACAUGACUGUAAAGCUUUGGUUGUCUUGGGGAGAAAAAAAACUGUACUUGGUUGCUCAAAUUGUCAUAUAGGCUCACAGAACUUCACUAUAUCUGUCAGACAACCCAACCCUCCUAAAAACUGCCACACCUGUCCUCUCAUCUCUGGUCAUGUACUUCCGAUUGGAUGAGUAGGGAUGUAACUAGAGAACAGACAUCUCUCCAGUGAGGACUGACCUCUAGUGCAUUCUGACUAACCACAUCUAACAAAGCUUUGUUUCUCUAUUCUGCUUUUAUUCAACUGUGGCGUUAACAGUUAAUUGGUGUGAACCCCUUUAUUUGUGAAAGAUUAUUUUCCCCCGAAUGAAUCCGAUAAUAUUAUGCAUAAUAUGUCUCACAACAAGGAUACAGAACUGUAAAUAUGCAUCAGUGAUCUUUAGAGUAUAUGACUGAAUUCUCCAUAUGUUGUGGUAGAGAAAGCAUCAUAUUCAUUGUUUUUCUCCCAGAGAUGUCAAAUUCCUUAGUGUACUAAACAUGUUUUUUUUUA